GUAAUAUUAAUUUUAUUUAAUUUUCAUGAAUACGUAAUAAUCAUGUUAUUUUUCAUUUUAUAAUGAUAUAAAUAAUUGUUUCCUUGUGAUUAAUUAUACUAUAAUUUGUUUUAAAAUUGAUUAAUAUCUUGAUCAAAAUUUGUAUGUUAUUGGUAUUGUGAAAACGUAACAUUAAGGUGUGGCAUGUAUUGAAACACAAGUGACAUCAACUUCAGUGAGCAAUAUCCUGUGAAAACUUAUUUCUUUCAAUAAUAUUUUGGAAUAAAGAAUAUCAAGGAAAAAAAAUAACGAAAAUGACGGUCGACAAACAAGAUUAUCCAAAAGCAUCAAAUGCUGUGGUUUUUGGAGGCGUUAUAACAUAUAUUGCUGGAUUACUUUUGUUGAUGUCCUUUACAAGUCCUUAUUGGAUUGAAUCGUAUCAUGACACCUUUAGUACCUUCAAACAUAUGGGUCUUUGGGAGUAUUGUUUUGAUCAAUUUCGCUAUCCAUAUUAUCAGUUUGAUAAAUUAUUUGAUGGAUGCCACCAUGUUUUUUCUCAAGAAUACUUUGUCAUAAGGGAAUGGUUAUUACCGGUUUGGCUUAUGGUCGUACAAGCAUUUGUAACACUCUCUUUAAUAUUAUCAUUUGCUUCGCAAGCAAUUAUUGUAUUGAUUUUAAUAAGAUGGCCUCUGAGAUUUGUAUUACACUAUGAAUGGAUUCUCUCUGCCGCAGCAUUUAUAUUCAAUGCUACAACUGGUGCCUUAUUAUUUUUGGCAGUCGCUAUAUUUGGAGGUCAGUGUUGGCGCAGGGAUUGGUUAAUGUAUCCAAAUUUCAAUCACUUAUCGUGGUCUUAUGGUCUCGCUGCUAUAUCUUUUAUGCUUCAUUCAUUAGCCGCAUUUUUAUUAUAUUUAAAUGCGCGAGCAGGUUAUACAUAUCGUAAAGAAUCUCGAAAUCUUGUCAUGCAAAUGCAACCUAAUCCACAAAGUCAUCAUGCUCCGCCAAGAACCGGAUACAUAUAAUGGAAGUAAAGAACAAAACUUACAUAGAAUCUUCUAUAGCUUAUAUAACAUGAGACAAAGAUACAGUUGUAUUUCAUUCAGUAUGUCGUACGACGAGUUAAAAAUGCGAUACAGUACAAUAUCGUUCCGUCCAAAUUAAGUAGGGAGACUGACAAUUUUUUUUUAAUAUAAAUAUUUACAUAUAUAUUAAAUUUAACUUCAUAAUUCCAGCAUUAUUAUCUUGCAGUGCAAGUACCAAUAGAAGUUAGUAAUAAAAUAACACGAAGCAAAAUAAGAAAAAGAAAAAAAAUAUAUAUAUAUAUAUAUAGAAUUAGAAGAAACAAGUUCGAGAUAGUUCAAAAUAUUGUUACACAUAUAUACUUUUCUUUUUAGAUCUUGAGUUACCUGCAAUGAUCAUUAGUUUAGAUUUUCUUUUUCUACUUUGAUAACGUUAACCGAUGAUUUGUAUUUUUAUAAUGAUUAGUAUUCAACAAUUAUGUUAGUUGUCCAUUUUUUAUUUUGUUUUUGCUUUUUAUAAUU